GGUGGGCAGGACACCCAAGGCCAAUAUAGUAACUUCCCCUUCCUCUCUGUCCCCGGAGGUCCUUGAGGGAAGUGAUGUUCCUGGCCUGGCGCCACCUGUAGCUGAAGACUGAUACGAGGCCCAUUGUUUGAGAUUAGAGCUGGCAGGGACCACGGGAAGCCCCCAGUAAUGCCCUGUGUCCCACUUACUGCAGACCCAGAACCCCGAGUGAGGACAGCGCCAGUGGACAAGGACAGCGCCAGUAGACAGAUCAGCCUGCGCCAGGAUGAAGGCACUCAGGGUCGUCCUCCUGGUCUUGCUGCUAAAUGGACAGUCAGGGUGGGCCCAAGAAGAAGAUGGAGAUGUGGACUUGGGGCCAGAGAGCUACGGCUACGAUGAUGACUAUGAAGAGGAAGAAGAGGAGACCAACAUGAUCCCUGGAAGCAGGGACAGAGAACACCUGCAGUGUUACACCUGCCAGGCAAUACACAGCGGGGAGAGCUGCAACCAGAUACAGAGCUGCUACCACAAGACCUUCUGCACCACAUUCAUCUCUCAUGGCAACACUGACCAAGGUCUCCUGACUACCUACUCCAUGUGGUGUACCGAUACCUGCCAACCCAUCACCAAGACGAUAUCUGGCACCCAGAUGACACAGACUUGUUGCCAGUCCACCCUGUGCAAUAUUCCACCCUGGCAGAGCCCCCAAGUCCAGGACUCUCCGGCUGGCGGGGCAGGCAGCCCCAUGGAGGGUGGGGUCAAAAAUCCUCAAGAUGGCAUUGCAGGUAGACCCCUGGAUGUCGGAGUCAGAUAUCCUCAAGGUGACAGGGUUGGCCACCCGCCCCAGGUCAAGUCUGCCAAUCCUCAGAGUGGUGGGGCUAGCUUGCCCAAGGGUGGCAGGAAUAACCAGCCCCAGGGCAGUAGGUCAGGAUGCCCUCCAGGCUGGCCCAAAUUUGGUGAUACAGCCCUCCUGCUCAGCCUCCUCACUAGUCUAUGGGCAUCAGGGGCCUGAAGACCUGCCCUCUUCCUAGCAGGAUACCCUGGCCUCCCCCCACCCCCCACAACCAGCUUCA